GCUCAGUGCGCAGCCUCCAGCCUCCUCUCAGUGUUCUCCUGUCAGCAGCAGGGAUGCAGACGCAUCCUCAGGACCCAGCUCCAUAAAAGCUCCAUUCAGUUAUCCACCCUCCCCCUUACCUCUAUCCCUGGAGUGCGCGUCCUGACACCGGGAUUUACAAAAGGAGCAGGGAAGAUGCCGGUGGAAGCCACACAGGAGGAGAUGGCUGCGCAGAAAGAUGCCAGGACCUUGCAGGCUGCAGGAGGUUCAUCACCCAUAGCUUCCACAGCAUCCACCCCAAGUAGUGACUCUGCCACCCCCAAGUGUUUAAGCCCUUCAGAGGAACCUCUGCUGGCGAGCCCAUCAUGUGCCACCAACAACGAGCUUGAAUCUUCAUAUCUAGAUUCCAAAGAAGGAGACAGACCUCAGCCAGAAGGGGCAAGCAGUGAGGCGUCGGCUGGGGGCACCACCGGCAUCCUGCACCUGGACUGCAUGGCGCCGGACGAAUCACCUGUAGCUCCAAAGGAGGAGGAGACAGAAGAAGCCAUAGAACGGUCUCCUUCUGAGGUUCUAAACCACGACACGCUAGAUACAAGAAUCGUAAUGGGGGAAGAAACGUCUUGUAGCCCUGAGGAAAUAGAAAUUGUAAGCAGGGUGGGCACCAUGGCUCCUGAGAAUCAGGUUAUUCCUGAGGAAACAGAUGAAGCAGCAAUGCACUUACAUCACCCUAAAGCUGAAACGUCUGUGGGGAAUUCAGGACGGGACACUGAGGAAGUCAAUGAGUCUUCUGAUGAUUUGCACUUUGAGUACAAAGAGACCAGCAGAAAGUAUGCUUUGAAAGAUGGCCUAUUUUCUCAGGGUGAAUACGUAGCUGAUGUGCCUUCAUUUGUCAAACCCACCAAAGAGUCACCCUACAGCUCCACCGAAGGGGAUGUCCCAUCAUUACACUCCAGGCCUGCAGACUCUGACCUGUACACCACUGCUCCAUCCACACCCGUGAAAAGCAUCUACACCCCGUUUAGACAGCAUUCCUUCUCAAAAACUGUUCUGAACGAUGAGCAGUACGACACUGAAAAUGACAAUAUGUCUUCUCCUCCCACAUCACCUUCAGGGUCUUACAUCACUGCAGAAGGGGGUAGCUGGACCUCCUCAGUCACCUCUAGUGGCUCUCCCUCCUGUUCUCCAAACUUGAUGGCUGAGGUGGACACAGUUGAAUCUCCUAUUCCUUAUCAAGACCACAUGACACCUCAUGGGGAAGGUCUUUGUGAAGACCCCUGUUGCAUGUCCCCUGACAUGUUAGAUGAAGACCUUCCAGAACUAUAUGAUGGAGACCUAGACCCUGAAGACUUCUCUCCCGACAAUGUGGAGCUCUUAGAUGGGUACCCUAGUGAUAUACAGUCCAGUGUCGAGGAUGAGGAUGAAUGGGAAACUGACUUUUCACCAUCCUUUACUAGCAUUCCUUUGUGUCCUGAAUAUAUUAAUACUGCUGCCUCCAUUGUUCAAGAAAUAGAGGAGGCCCAGCAAGCAUCUCAGGCUAGCUGUUCUACUGAUAUCGAUAGCACCCUACAGUCAUCAAGCUCAACUGAAACAUAUUCAGAAUUACCAAGAGCCAGCAUGCCAAGCACUGAAAAUGACCUCAUGAUUCCUGCUUUCAUGCUGCCAUUCCAAGGAAGUCUGGUUUUUGAAGCAGAGUCCAUGGAGAUCACAUUGUUCCCCCAAGGAGAAUCAGCUGAAAGUGAGGUGGUUAUUGGGGAAAAAGAAGAAGAUGGUGGCUGUGACGAUGAUAAUGAUGAUGACGAUAGUACCUCCGCCUCAUAUCUCCAUUCACUGUCUGAGACUUCCAUCAAUGAAGGGGUUGACGAGUCCUUCGCUUACCAAGACGACACAUCAGAAUCCUCAGACUCAGCCUCUUAUAAUGGAGACGAGGAUGUCAAGCGGUACGUCACAGAGGAGUAUGCUGUAACUACUGAUACUGCUCCCAGCACCACAGAGGCCCCUGGCGCAGCUCAACAUGACACCUCUAAUUCCGGAUGUGAGAGUGAGAUGGAAACAUCAUCAGACAUGUCUGACACUGAUGACGAAGGCGCAGCAUUCUCAGCUCUUAGCGUAAAUGGUGCAGGUGUGGUUGGACAUGAUAGUCCAUUUCUAGAGGGAAGUGACAACCUCAAUGAAGCUUCUGCUGCAAAUGAAGAGAAAGAAUUAAGUAGUCAGGAAGAACAUGAUGAAAGGGUUGCAUUAUCCCCUGCAGCAGAAGGUCUUUCAAUUCCUGAGUCUAAAGAGACUUGUAUCACUCAAGGCAGUUCAAGUGAGCUAGAAGACUCUACUGCCAGUAAUGCGCCCCAUGAAAUGUACAGAGAAGACCUAAGAAGCAGUUUAGUAUUAGCAUCAGACUCUGAAACUGGGGCUAAUUCCUUGAAACCAGAAUUAUCCCAGAUAUUAGAAGAAAGAGCAAUGAGGCUGUGGUCUGAUAGUGUAGCAGAACAGCCAUCAUCGUUGUCAUCAUCAUCAUCAUCAUCAUCAUCAUCAGAUAUGGACCAUAUCCUUGCAGCAGGGAUCAGCAAUGUUGGCGAGUGUUUAAUUGCUUGCUUUGAUACUGACGAGGAGCUGGAUACUCUGUCACCUCUAAGCUCCAUGGGGCAAAGCCAACAAGAUGAACACAAAGAGCGUUAUGUAAGCGGAAGGCAGUCCUCCAUGGCAGUGCAGCUGGCUGAGGAUGUUAAUUAUUUCACAGCUCAGUGUCCGGAUGAUGAAGAUGCAGAAAGGCCAACAUUGCAGAGGGACACAGAUGCCCUCAAAGUCUCAGAAGAAAUCACAGGACAUUCAACGUUUACUUUAGAAGUGGAGGAACAAUACAAUGAGGAAUCACAAGCUUUGGAAAGACAAAAAGAAGAGGAAGCACCAGAAUCUGGGUCACAGCAUAGAAGAAUGGACACCCAUGUAGAGGAGAAACCUGAGGAAGAGUGCCUAUUUGUAUGUUAUGAUUCUGAUGAGGAUCCAGCAGAUGUGGUACCACUGGACCGCCCGUCACUCCUGGCUCAGAUACAUAAACAACAAGAGGAAGCGGCUAAUCACGUCACACAUCAGUCACCGUGUCCAACAGACACAACACAUGCAGCAUUGCAGGAAGAUACACAACUAGAGAAAGUGAAUGCACAUCUUGGAGGACGUAUGGUGCAAACAAGCUCUUCGGAAAAUAGGACUAUACUUAGAGAUUUAGAAAUUGAAAUUCUGGAUAAAAGACACAACAUAUGUCAGCGUUCAGGUAAAGCCGUUACUGGCGAUAAAGAACCAGAAACAUCCCUGAUUAAUGCAAACUUUAAAGAUAAUUCUAAUAAUUCCAUUACAAGUGAAAUCCCUUCAAAGGCAAAUCAAAAUAAUUAUCCACACAGCAUUGUCCCUGAUCGGACAGACUUCAACGUUCCCCAAAAUAAUAACUUAUCCAGCUGUAGUGAAUCAUGUGACAUCGCUCUGACAGCCCAGGUGCUACCGACACAGCCCAAAACCUCUCUACCACCACAUUUACCUUCAGAUAAACCCACAGAUCUCACAACCAAAUCCGUGAGAUCACAGAAGGGCAAUGUGCCCAUGGAACCAUCAGAGCACCUUCCAACGUUUAGUGUUUUUCAGGGUACAUUUAAAAAAUGCCCUUAUUUUUCAACGAGAGAAGAUCUGGAUGAGCACUCUCCAGGCCCCAGUGAUGCAGCUACUAUAGCUCAUGUGGAGAACAAGAUGCUUGAAACAAGUUGUGGGAAAAAAGUUUCCAAAAUCGAAGAGUCCACAGACAUAUGUGACCAUCCUGUGUAUAAGGAGCCACCAGAUCGGAAGAGUGUUCUUCAGGGCAACAAACAGCCCAACAAACGGGGAGGUAGCCAACAGUCUGCUGGUAGUAGUCUUGUUAACUUACGGCAGGAAAAAACCUCAAACGCGGAACUGAAGAGCAGUGAUAUGGGAAAUAGUCAACCAAGGAUGGGCCCAGUUGGUAAAUCCCCCAAUAUUUCACAACUGGCAAAUAAAUUGGAACUUGAACGAGACACUGCAGGUGAAAAUGUCACGUUAGAAAACAGGUUGCCAUCCUUCCAUAAUCAAGUCCCAGGUAUUUCAGAUGAUAUAAAGAACGCAGAUGGUGGAGGCAGCACCCCUAGCCAGCAGAUCAAUCCUUGUUCUUCACUUCCUCCAAAUGUUCUCUUCGCUGAGAAGUCAGCAGGAAAAUAUAUUUCGGGAAAGCCUGGCCCCAUAAAAAACAAAUCUACAGAUACCAAAAAGUGUGUUGCUAUGGGAAAGUUAGAUAACCUUGAAUCACGUAUACAUUCUAAAGACCACAGAGAUAAUAGUACAAAUAUCCACAUCACUGCAGACUCAGAGACUGAUCAUGCUGUGUCCUUGAAUAAUAAAGCCAGGCUAUUAAUAGAUGCAAACCAGAAACUGAAGGACACACUUUCCAUAUUCGAAGCAUCACAACAUCCAUCGGGGGAUACGUGUAAAGAGCAUAGAUCUGGUGACACCACAAGGCAAGCUACUUCCACAACACGAAUGGACAAAGUAGAGACAUCCAGUGACUUCCAAGAGAUGUCCAUGCUGCUACAAGGUUCGUUUGGCAAGCUGGAGGCAUUGGAUCUUAGCGUUCGGCUGAGUUCCACAGAAACCAGUGCUUCCACCCCCUCAAGUAAAACUACCAAGGUCAUCAAGAAUGAUGGCGCUGAGGGUCUAUCACAAAACAAGCAGAUUACGGCGAUAUCGGCAACGACCCAGGCACAGAAGGCCGGAAACGUCUGUGAUUCGGCAAAGCAGCAGGUUGUUCGAGUAAGCCAUGCAAAUCCUGAAGCCUCAACAAAAACUCUGAAAGAGAUGGAAUCCACAUUGGAAUUCAGCGUAAAGAAGGAGGAUAGUAUUUCUUCUAAAGACAAUCAGACCCCUGAGAACAAUGGCGACGGUGAAGGGAGGGUGGGGGAUCGCGUUGGCCUUGAAUUACAGAAGGUAUCUGAUCAGUCGCCACAUGAUAGAAGGCAAGGUGAGGUGCACAGCGAUAACAGGAAACGGGACAGAUGUGUAAAUAGUAGGUUUAGUGAGGAGCUGAGGACCUCUCACCUCACCACCAAGAACCUGGCAGAUGAACAGAAGGGCCGAUAUAAUAACCGGACUCAGCCGUCGGAUGCUGAGCAUCAGUUAUCUCUGCAUGUUGCCCCCCAGACUGAAACUGCACUAAGCCCUCCCAAUUAUGCAUUAGAAACAACCCUAUGCUCUGCUGUAAGUAAAGUGCCUCCUGUGAAAUCUUUCUACCCAGUGCCUGGUGGGAGCCCUCAGGACCAAAGAGUGGUCACACCUCUGGCUGCUCCUGAAACCCUGCUUACCAAAAAGCUUCCAUCAGCUGUUCCUGAAAGUAGCUCCACACCCCCUGCUCUGUGCCCAGAGACCACUCUCUCCAGCCGGUGCCCAAGAGCCCAGGGACAGACGGGGAAGAGAAUCCAGCUGGUCUGCCCCCCAUCUGAGCCCAGCUCAUCUAGUGACAGUGAGCUGACCUCCAGGGGCCCGGAGAUGCAGCUUCUGACUGAGUCCUCAGCCGUCUCCCUGCCGGGCAUCACCAAACCUCUCUUGAGGCAGCGAGGCUGCGAGGCACUGAGUCACCGAGGCUCCUGCAACGACACGGAGAGCAAUGAUGAGUCUCUGCCUGAGCUGGAGGAGCCGGACCUGGUGGAGCCGCGGACAACGCCCAGCCAGAACCAGCUGGCUCACUGCGUAGCCUCCGGGGAGGAAUGCAUCAGCAAGGCCAAGCAGAGCCGCAGCGAGAAGAAGGCCAGGAAGGCUAUGUCCAAACUGGGUCUCCGGCAGAUCCACGGCGUCACCAGGAUCACCAUCCGCAAAUCCAAAAACAUCUUAUUUGUGAUAACCAAGCCGGACGUCUUCAAGAGCCCCGCCUCCGACAUCUACAUUGUGUUCGGAGAGGCCAAGAUUGAAGACCUCUCACAGCAAGUUCACAAAGCAGCUGCCGAGAAGUUCAAGGUGCCGAUGGAACAUUCCCCACUUAUCACCGAGACUGCUCCCACCCUGACCAUCAAAGAGGAGAGUGAGGAUGAGGAGGAGGUGGAUGAGGCUGGGUUGGAGGUGCGGGAUAUUGAGCUGGUGAUGGCUCAGGCCAAUGUAUCCCGAGUGAAGGCAGUGCGGGCACUCAGGCACAACAACAAUGACAUUGUCAACGCCAUUAUGGAAUUAACAAUGUAGCUGCUGGUAUGGUGGCUAGCCCGGAUCCUCCAGUCGCCUCCUAUUGAUCACACUGUAGAGAUGCACAGCUACUCAUUACUUACCGCUCUCUCUUAGACCUGCAUAUACUCCUACUACGAUGCAACAAUGAUGCUGCUCAAUAAACCUUGCCUCUUACAUCCA